AUGGGCGAAACGCGCCUCGAUAAUGAGAUGGAGAUCGACGGCGAGGAUGGAGACGACAGCUACGCGAACGCGUAUCUUGACGACGAUGAUGUGCAGGAGAGCGACGACGCAGAACUGGCCGAGAUGCUGGCCAAAGUGCAGUCCAUUCAGCAGGUGGAGGGGCGGCUUCAACUUGCAGAACCAGCGGCAGCCACAGUCACCACCGAUGUGAAAGGUGGCCAAGGCGAUGAAGCUAAGGCGUCAGCGCGCAUGUCACCUAGGGUGACUACAGUCGUGGACGCUAGGAAGUCGCAGUCCCUUGUGAAAUCCCCAUCGGCAGCUAGCUCAACGUCCUGUGUUGGUGUUUACAAAAGUCAAGAUGGUAUUACGACCAUCCCACGCAGCGCGCUCAACGCCAGGAAUGCUGGGGCUGGGGCCUUGCUGGGGAUCAAAAAGGCCGCCGUAUACGAGGAAAAGCUGUUGCAGGCUGUGAAGACGACGAAUACGAUCGAGAGGCUCAGGCAGAAGGCUGUGGCUGCUGCUCCGGGUGAGGCGGAAUGA